AUGCGCGUGCCCAAGUUCCUCCGCAGCCUCUACGACAUCCUCCACUACGAGGACCAGUCGAUCUUGACGUGGUCCAAGGAUGGUACGUAUUUCCAGAUCUUCGACACCAAGCGCCUCGAGAUCGCCGUGCUGCCCAAGUACUUCAAGCACGGCAAGUUCGCAUCCUUCCAGCGCCAGCUCAACAACUUCGGCUUCCGCAAGUGGACCAAGACGCAGUCCAGCGUGUGUACCUUCAGCCACCACCACCUCGUGCGCUGCCACCCGCAGCAACUGGCCGACUUCAUCAGCCGCCGGCCGCCUGCCAACGGCGUGCGAGCUGCGGCAGUCGGCGCGUCUUCGAACGCUCGGCGCAAGAGGACGUUCACGGAGCUGAUGCGAACGGGCGACAGCGUGAACUCCGCUGCUGCCAAGUUGACCAAGCGCGAGGUCGACAGCCGCAACAGCCCCCAGAGCAGCAAGGCCGCGGACGCAGCAAGCUCUGUUCCAGCCAAGUGUGCGCCGCGAUGGGUGACAGACCCCGUCGGGUUCUUGAAGGCCGGCGAGGAUUACAGCGGGACACCUACCAGCACGUCGUCGGAGCAGACGUUCAAUUUCUCCGUCGACGAGCUGCACGAUAUCAUCCUCCCGGUUGCGCCCGUGUUGGAGCGCCAAGACAACCGGUCCAUGGAGAAACUGCUCGAGCUGCGAAUGCUGAAUGAGUGCUUGGAUUUUGGGCCGACAGGCAGUCUGUACGCUGCCGCGAGUCACAAUGGUGGAGAGCUUUACCCUUCGUCUCCGUACGCGUGGGACAGCGACUCAUUUUUCGCCCCUGUCAGCCGCACACACUGUGAGCAGGAGCGCGCUCCGUGGAGAUCACACUGA